CCUCCAAGUUGGACACCUGCCUUCCAGUCAUCAAAACCUGGAAUGCCACCCCAGGCGCUCCAGCCCGCGCCAGAGGAGAAGGGGCUUGGAAGGGUAGGCCCAGGGUCCAGGUCACUCGUGCUGGUGACACCGCUGGCUCAGGAGCGGACGCGGCCGCUUUAAGGCGUGGUGACCCCACGGCAUCCGCGGGCGGGGCGGGGAUAGCGCUGGCGUCCGCGGCUGAAGCGGAGGCGAACGCGAGGAAGGUAGUGUGCGGCGUGCGGCCCCACCAUGCUGAUCGCGCUCGCCCCGCCAGCCCUGCCCGGGCUCACAGGUCAGCUACCCUCGGCCCCCGCGCGGCGCCAGGACUCCUCCGGUUCGUCAGGCUCGUACCACACGGCUCCGAGUUCUCCAGAGCCCCCGGACGUUGGGCCGGACGUGGAGGGCCGGGCGAAUUGGCCCCGGGUGGCCCCUGCGCUGGGGGCGGGUGCGCAGCCUCGCCUGUCCGUCAGCGCCCAGAAUAGCCGCCAGCAGCUCCAGCCCAGCUCGGGUUUCCCGCGAGGCCCGGGCUCAGGCCCGCGGCCGCCCCAGCCCCAGCUGCGCAUGCUGCCGUCGGGGGAGAUGGAAGUCAUCUUCGGCGCCGGGGCCCUGUUUAGCCCCUCCGACUCGGCGGAUAGAGAGGUGCAACAGCUCACUGCGCGGGCUUUCCACAGCCCCUCUCCGCGGGUGUCUCCCGCCCCCGCCGCGCCACAGCCCCAGGCCUCCGACGGUGGUUCCCGCUGGGCCACCUACCUGGAGCUGCGGCCCCGCGGGCCGAGUCCUGUCACCCCAGCGCAGUUCGAAUGUGUGGAGGUGGCUCUGGAGGAGCGUGCCGCGCCCGCUAGGCCCCGUACGGUGCCCAAGCGUCAGAUCGAGCUGCGCCCUCGGCCCCGGAGUCCUCCGCGGGAGGCCGGCGCGCCGCACCCGCGACUGCUCCUGCGCACCGGCUCCCUGGACGAGUCUCUGGGCCGCCUGCAGGCCGCCGCGGGCCUCGUGCAGACGGUGCUGGCCAGAAAACUGAACCCCGAGACCCCGGCCCCAAGCAGCUCCACCUUCGGGCCCAGGGAGCAACCAGAGCCGGAGACCCGGAAAGUGGCCCCAAGUACCCGUUUGGUCCAGGAGGAUGGCAGGUCUCGGCCACCCCGCGUACACUAUAGUUCAGCCUCUGCCAGGGUCCCACGGCCAUGGCCCAGCCUCCGCGAACGUGCGAUUCGGCGUGACAAACCCGCGCCCGGAACCGAGCCACUGGGUCCGGUGAGCUCCAGCAUCUUCCUGCAGUCAGGGGAGAAGACCCAGGAGGGUCACAACCAGGAACUCAAGACUAGGUUCCCGGGAGAGACUCCGGAACGAACCGUUCUGAGGCCUCAAAGUCCGCCUUUCGAGUCCAGGGACCCCUGGGAAGUUCCAAGUAAGGCUGUGAAGCCGAGGAGCCCAUCCCCGCUGUGGCAGGCUCCAAAUGGGACUGUGCAAGGUUCUCACUGCCUGGCCCCCCAGAACCUGUCCCAGUGGAAUCGGGCUAAUCGGAGGGUUAGUAGUCCCUCCUUCCCAGAGGCAUCCUCCCCAUGGGAAAAUCAGGAUCCUACAGUCGAGAAAACUGUCAGCAGAAGGAGCCCUUCUCCUCCGACCCUUUCCCAGUGGAAUCCGGGUGUUGCCAAGGCAGGAAGCCAAUCCCCUGAAGCUCAUUCAUUGUGGGAGGUUCCGCAUCCCUCAAUCGGAGCUACCGUAGAGGGGAGUAGGAGCCCGUCCCCGCCGGCCUUGUCCGCAUGGGAGGCUCCAGAUCGUCCUGUUGGGACCUGGAGCCCAUCGCCCCAAGAGACAUGGGAUUCCAAAAUGCAGGGUUCAUCAAUAGUCUCUACGCAGGAAGUUUUGAAUGGCAUAGUCCAGGGGGAGCUGGCCCCGCCUAUACCAUCUGCACCCAGGCCUUCAGAGCUAACAGAAGCUCAGAGUCCUCCCACGCGGGACCUGCCGAAUCUUGCCUUCCAAGACAGUCAGCCGUCACCAGAGGUGGCUGCACCUGAGCUGCCCCUCAGUCGCCUAGUGGGCACCAUGGAUUUGGAUGCGCGCGGGGAAGCCUUGGGCCCUGGAGAAGCGGCCUCCGGACGCCCGCGCGUGGCUAUUCCGCGGCCCUGCGACAUGCGCAAGAUGGUGAAGACCACAUACGCACCGAGCUUCCCGGCGGGAACCACAGGCUCAGGACUGCCUGCGCCUUCUGCGGAUCCCCACCGAGAGGAGGGUGAUGUGUCCAAGAUGCAAGAGCCCCAGGGGCUGGAGACUCCCACCCCAGCUCACUACACUUCCGUUUAUCUCAAGGACUUUCUCCCGGUGGUGUCGCACCCCUAUGAGCCCCCAGAGCCAUCCCCCAACACAAACCCCCCGGAGGCUUCGCAGCCCAACGGGGUCCUGCGGCGGAGGGCAGAAAACAGCACAGCGAAACCCUUUGCGCGCACUGAGAUCCGUUUGCCUGGUGUCCUGGCUUUGGGUCUUGGGCUGAAGGGAACCCGGGGAGUCUCGGUGCGCGGUCCUGGAGGAGAGAACCGGGUUACGGAGGCCCAGCGUCUUGUCCCCGACAGCGAGGGUCCGACCAGACCUCUAGGUGGAGCUCGCUCCUUACCACAAAGGUCGUCCCUAGGGCCAGCAGGGGCCCAACCAACUGGACCACCCCGCUCCAGCUCCCCUCAGGCGCACCCUAGCUCUAGCCCUGGGAGAACACCCAAAUUGGAGACUCCCCCUUCGGCCCCCGAGCCUGCGACUGCCGUCCAGUCGCCCCUCCUGCGGGAGCCCCAGGCGUUGGCGGGCAGAAUGGCCCCGCCCCAGCCCAGAGCAGCAUCGGCGCCUCCGAUGGAGCGGCCCCCGGAAGGCCCCUCCCAGGGGGCACGCAGGCCACCUGGAGCCGCGCACACGGGGAAGGUCCUGGUGGACCCCGAGAGCGGCCGCUACUACUUUGUGGAGGCGCCCCGGCAGCCUCGGCUACGGCUGCUCUUUGACCCCGAGAGCGGGCAGUACGUGGAGGUGCUUCUGCCUCCCUCACCCCCGGGGCCACCCCGACGCAUCUACACCCCAUUGGCCCUGAACCCCGGCCUUUACCCGCCCGCCUAUGGGCCUAUCCCUGGCCUCUCACUGCCACCAUCCCCAGGCCCACCAGCCUUCAGCGGCACCCAGCCACCCUGGGCCUCCGAGGCGGGGUCCCUGGACGGGAUGUACUACCUGCCAGUGAGUGGGACACCCAGCCCCGCACCUCCUCUGCUCCUCUGUGCUCCUCCCACCAGCUUGGGUCCGGUCCAGCCUGGCAAGGGCUCCUUGUUCCCCGUGUGAGACCCCAGGGCCUUAUCCCCAUGGUGUUGGGGCCUGCCUAUGGCCUUGAAGGUUCAGACAUCCAGUCCCCUACCCUUCUUUUCUUCUGUAACCUUUUCUUUACCCAUCUCAUCUAGUCCUCAGACUGGAAGUUACCUUCAGAGAAUGUAUCUGAGACCCUGGGGGUGAUGGAGUUGGAGCUCAGGAAGUGACUGCCUUUCUUCCACAACAACAUUGUAUACCCCUUUCCCAAGCAUUCCCAGAGUGUGGUGUGUUUGUAUGUGUACAUGUGUGUAAAAGUGAGGAGUCUCAGGACUUGUCUCCUGGAGCUGACCCUAGGGGGUGUUGGCGUUCCCUAGGAGCAGCAGGGGACAGAGCUGAAGAGGUAGUAGCUGUCUGUCCCCCCUGAAGGUGGGCCCAGCUGAGGUGGAGCAGGCUAGUGAGCAUCUGCAAGAUGGAGGGAGAAGGACUCUGGCUAUCAGAUCUGUUAUUCUUAGGGAAAGGAUCUAAGUCUUGGCCUGGGAGGCUGUGAGGGAAAGUGACUAGUGCAGCCAGGCCAGGCUGUGUCUGAGAAAGGGAGCUGUGGGGCAGCAGGUGAAGGUGGAGCAGGGAAGUAAUAUAGGAAGGGCAGUGGAGGGUCAGCUGGGAUAUGGGGGUCCUAGGGGAGAAGUGGGGAAAUGGCUGGAGUCCCUAGCUGGGAGUCCCACCCUUUAUUCUCCCCUCAACCCCAGCCUCUGACUUGGCUUCUCUAAGCCCUCAGAGCUGAGCUGGCUCUUCCUGGGUAGGGAGCAGAUGAAGUGAGUCAUCAGGAAGGACUUACAAGAAGGAUGAAUGGUUGAGUUACUGUCCCAGAGGAGACUCUUGACCCCUUUGGGUGGGGUAGAGGGUGGGUUAGGGCUGGCAGUAUAAGAAUGCCUCUGUGUGGGGCAGGCCAGAGAGACUUGGAGCCCUCAGCUGGUUUUACUCUCCCAGUAGCAGUGUGGCAACCAUGCCCGGAGAGGCAUUGGCUUUGCAGGCUGGUCACAGCAUAGUAAGGGACAGGACCCAAUUGCCCUGAGAUUCCACAAACCUCUGAGGAGGACAGAGGGAGAUGCAUGGAGUGGGUGGGAGGUGCUCUCUGCAUGGUUCUGCAUGUAGUUCUGAGCUUGAAGUGCCUGGGUCUUGCUUGACAGGUAUGUGAUGUGAUGAGUUUGAGGAAGAAGAGUGUCCAUUAGAAGCAAUGUUAGGAAUGGAGAUGAAUGCCUUCCUUAAGUUCCAUGCCCCUGGGGGGCCUGGGUCCCUUGGAGUCCCUACCCCCCUGCCUUGAACUGGAAGCUGACCGGGAAAACUAUGAGCCAGAAAAACCUGGACAUCUUUUUGUGGCCAGAGAUGCUGUUUCCAAUAACAUGGUGGGCCCUGGACCCAUCACCUCAUCCUG